GGGCGUUUGAUUUCUAAGUUCUGUGUCAUUUUGGUGUCGUUCAUCGCUACUUUUACCUCUGAGACAUUGUUCUCACCUACUCUUCACCCGAUCUCUCAUCUCCAGUCUAGUGACAUGGCCCUCCCGGCACACCUUGCGCAGCCCAUAGAUGUUUUACUUAUAGACAACUUCGAUUCAUUCACCUGGAACUUAUACCAGUCACUCUGUCUUCUUGGCGCAGAUGUAACGGUCAUUCGUAACGACGCAAUACCUGCCUCUGCUCUUCCUGAACUCAAGAUCAACCGUCUCAUUAUAUCCCCUGGUCCUGGCCACCCUACCUCAGAUUCUGGCAUCUCCAGAGAAGCCAUACAAUAUUUCGCCGGGAAGGUGCCCGUUCUCGGCGUAUGUAUGGGCUUGGAAUGUCUGGUCGACGUCUUUGGCGGUGACAUCGCGUGAGUAUCUCGUUCUAUCUCCCUUUCCUUGUUCUGCGCUUCAAUCGGGCCCUCCAAUCGUUGGUCAAUCGCUUACCGUUAUGCUGGCGAGAUCAUGCAUGGCAAAGUCUCGCCAAUUCGGCAUGACGGCCGAGGUUGCUUCAAGGAUCUUCCUCAAGGCAUCAAAUCUACCCGCUACCAUUCCCUUAGUGCUGGUGUGAGUACACUCCCAGCGGAACUUGCCAUCACUGCUGUUACCGAAGAAAGCGGUGUCAUUAUGGGUGUUCGUCACAGAAAGUACACUCUGGAGGCGGUGCAGUAUCAUCCAGAAAGUAUCCUCUCGGAGUCUGGCGACGACCUUUGCCACAACUUUUUGAAACUCAAGGGUGGCACUUGGGAAGAAAACCCGGAAUUCAGGGUUUUGGAUAGCUCUCUACCCGCAUUCGCUCCACUGCCUGAUGGUCCCAUCGCUUCGACAUCUGCAAAGAUACCCACCAUCCUCGAGAAGAUCUGCACGCAGCGUUUGAAGGAUGUGACCCAGGCCAAACAGACUCCUGGUACGACGCCAGGGGACAUCAAGACUCUCCUCUCCAUGAACCUUUCACCGCCUCUCACCUCUUUUGUCGACAGACUCAAGAGUGCCGAGAAGAAGCCGGCGCUAAUGGCAGAGAUCAAGCGAGCCAGUCCCUCCAAGGGACCCAUCGCGAUGCAUACCAAUGCUGCUCAGCAGGCGUUGACGUAUGCGCUUUCUGGGGCGUCUGUCAUUUCCGUGCUCACGGAGCCUACCUGGUUUAAGGGAUCGUUGUUAGAUAUGCGUCUCGCCCGACAGGCAAUUGACGCUCUCCCGAACCGCCCUGCGAUCCUCCGCAAGGACUUCGUUUUGGAUGAGUAUCAGAUUGACGAGGCCCGUCUUCAUGGUGCGGAUACUGUCUUACUCAUCGUCGCAUGUCUUUCCGAGGAACGUCUUCAUGCGCUCUACCAAUAUGCCGUUUCAUUGGGCAUGGAGCCUCUGGUCGAAGUCAACAACGCCAGGGAGAUGGAGAUCGCUCUCAAGCUCAACCCCAAGGUUAUUGGGGUGAACAACCGCAACUUGCACGAUUUCCAAGUGGACAUGGAGAACACAAGCAGACUUGCCGACAUGGUCAAAGAGAAGGGCAUCAUUCUCUGCGCGCUCUCUGGUAUCAAGGAUGCCAAUGACGUGAACACCUACGUCGAACAGGGCGUCGGUGCUGUUCUUGUUGGAGAAGCCCUCAUGCGUGCUACAGAUACCAGAGCGUUCAUCAGGAAUCUCCUCAGCUGGCCAGAGCCUGAGGACGCAAAGGGUAAGGGCAAGUCCGCUGUUCCGCUUGUGAAGAUCUGUGGUAUUCGAACAGAGGAAGAGGCUCAAGCUGCCGUUGAGGCUGGUGCAGAGUUAUUAGGCUUAAUGUUCGUGCCGUCAAGCAAGAGGAGUAUUUCAGUACAGCAGGCGAAGAAGAUUUCUGCAGUUGUGCACAAAGAGAGGUUGAAGUCCGAGAUUGUACUGGAUAGCAAGGAGGAAAGUAUCAGGAAUGAGCCCUGGUUUACUGCUCAUGCCGAACGCUUGUCUUCGGCACUUGUGCCAUCUGGUUCUCCUGCUCGUCCCCUCCUUGUUGGUGUAUUCCAGAACCAGCCUCUCUCGACUAUCCUUGAUACCAUUGCCAGUGUCAAUCUCGACCUGGUUCAAUUGCACGGGAACGAACCACUCGAGUACUCUAAACACAUCCCUGUACCUGUCAUUCGCGUCUUCCACAUUGACGAAAAAGGCCAAGGUGUCCAGGGAAUCACUCGUCCCGGUUUGCACAAGUACAUUCUGCUGGAUGCCGUCCAUCCUGCUAAUAAGGAUGGACUUAGUGGUGGCACUGGGUUGAAGGUCGAUUGGGAUCUUGCCAAGAGCGUCAUUGAGAACGGCGAAGUUGGUAUUAAGGCCUCAACUGGUGUUGCAAACGCCGAUACUACAGUGACUAGUUCUGGCGGCAAGAGCUACCCUCUGCCGGUUAUACUUGCUGGCGGACUAACUCCGGAGAAUGUGAAGGAAGCUGUGGAGAACGUGCGCCCCUGGGCCGUGGAUGUUAGUGGAGGUGUUGAAACUGAGGAUGGGAAGGGUAAGGACAUAGAGAAGAUUCGUGCCUUCGUCCACGCGGCGAAGGGAUUAGAUGCCAAGUAGAACGGCUCCUAGCUCUCCUGAUUAUCCUUCGAUGUAUGUGUUAUAUCCGCUGAGUUGACCUGUCGAGGUUGCUUUAGACAUGUCUGCGGUAUCCAUGAUGUUCUGCUACGCGCCUUGGCUAACACACUGCUACUCUUGUAUCCCAAUAUUGUUCUUUGUGUACAUCGCCUGCUACGAAAUCCUCGGUGCAAGUCCUACUAUAUAUUAACUUAUACUGCGAUGACAUACGUACCAGCUCCCAUUUCGAGGCUAUCACAUAUCACACAACAAACUGAAAUGACGGAACAGUGAGAGGCAGACUCUAAGUACAAUCCAAAACCAAGCCAUUUGAUUAACCGGAGACGUAUCAUUACAACCCAGUAGAAUGCAUAUGUACAGUAUCAGCGAGUGGGAUUGGGUAUAUAUCCUUGCAUACUCCAAUUAAAUAGACGACUUUCAUAGU